AUGCGAUGCCGUAGCGGGAAAGAAGCAGCAAGGAUAACUAGUUCAACAUUGCGAACUGAGAUGAAGAGUGGUAAUGAAAAUUAUCCUGGUAUCGCUGAAUCACCACCCAAAGAUGUUACUCUCCCCGCAUCAAAUCCAUUUGCAACAGAAAUCAACCACAUUGCGAUGGAACAAUUAAAAUAUGCCCGAUCUGUUAUUUAUGACGAUGCUUGGCAGUUGUUCAUGGAAGAGGACGAAAUGAAGAUGUAUAAAAGAGAAUUAGAAAUUAAUGGAAUAGUCUAUGACCCACUGAAAGCUGUCCAUCUUGUGCAGGCUUGGCAGUUGUUCAUGGAAGAGGACGAAAUGAAGAUGUAUAAAAGAGAAUUAGAAAUUAAUGGAAUAGUCUAUGACCCACUGAAAGCUGUCCAUCUUGUGCAGUUACACAAAAGAAUUUGGCCGUCUGCUCAACGGGAAUCCUUAUUUUGGUCAAAUGUACGAUACCUUCCGGAAGAAAAAAGCCCGGAAGCAUUGGAUUUAUAUAUGGUAUGUAACCAUGAUUGCAGUCUACCGAAUGUACCGUUGCAGCAUAAUUCCAAUGUUCGGGUAGGUUUGACUGUAGCGAUGCUAUGUGAAACAGUCGUCAAAGAUGGGCAUGAAAAGCCGGUGGAUGAGUUGGAUCGUGGCGAUAUUCAAUGUCAAGUGUGUUACUGUGCACAAGUGAAUCCAGGUGGUUGGGUACCAGUAGCAGCAUUACGAGUUAUUUACAAACGUGAAUAUCCGAGAUUUUUGCAUGGUUUCACCAAAUAUGUACUUAAUAAAAUUAAAGCUCAACCAUUAAUGAUUUGA